AAAUUUAUUAGUUUUUAAAGGCAGCCAUAUUUGUCUACACGACCUAUGAGGAUUUUAGGAAUAAAAUAUCAUCCACUUUCAAAUAUCUAAUAAAUUUAAUGUCCCUAUAUAUAACGGAUUAAGUUUUGAAUAAUUAAAGUUAUUGCCAGAACAAAAAGAGAGAACGAAAAAAAGAAUAUUCUCAAUCUACCACCAUGUAUUCCUCUUCGAGUUCUUGGAGCUCAUCACAAGAAUCAUUCUUGUGGAACGAAAGUUCGUUUUUAGAUCAAUCCUUCUUUUGCCCUACUCAUAAUUACUCUGAUGACUUCUUCUCAUUUGAGUCUCCGGAGAUGAUGAUAAAAGAAGAAACCCAAAACGACGACGUUUCAAACUCCGAGGGAGAAGAAAAGAUUGGUACUAUUGAUGAAGAGAAGUCAUACAGAGGAGUGAGGAAGAGGCCAUGGGGAAAAUUUGCUGCGGAGAUAAGAGAUUCUACUAGGAACGGGAUUAGGGUUUGGCUCGGGACGUUUGAUAAAGCCGAGGAAGCAGCUCUUGCUUACGACCAAGCGGCUUACGCAACAAAAGGAUCUCUUGCGGUACUCAACUUCCCCGUGGAAGUGGUCAGAGAAUCUCUUAAGAAAAUGGAGAAUGUGAAUCUUGAAGAUGGAGGGUCUCCGGUCAUGGCCUUGAAGAGAAAACAUUCGCUUAGAAACCGGCCUAGAGGGAAAAAGCGAUCUUCUAAUUCUUCUUCUGCUUCUUCUUCUAAUUCUUGUUCUUAUUCAUCUUCUUUCUCUUCUUCGUCUUCAUCAUCAAGAAGUAACAAGCAGAGUGUUGUGAAGCAAGAAAGUGGUACACUUGUGGUUUUUGAAGAUUUAGGUGCUGAAUAUUUAGAACAACUACUUAUGAGCUCAUGCUGAUCUUGUAAAUGAUUCCAGCUAUAGCAAUCAUUAAAUUUUAAUCUUGCGGUAGUUUUGAGAUUCGUUUGUUCAUUCUGUAAUUUCUUUGGUUCUCUUAUUUUUCCUUUGUUGUAUCCAAAAGAAAUUAUUGGAAGAGAUGCGAUGAUGAUGGUGAUGUUGAACUGUAUAAAAAAAAACUCUAUUAUUGCGUUAUAUCGCUGGAAAGUGUGUGUAAUAAUUUCUUAAAUAUUUAUAUCGAUGGUGAUA